AUGGCGCCUAAGUUCGACCCCACGGCCGUCCAGGAGGUUUUCCUCCGCGUGACCGGUGGCGAGGUCGGUGCCGCGUCGUCCCUCGCCCCGAAGAUCGGUCCGCUGGGUCUCUCGCCAAAGAAGAUUGGUGAGGACAUCGCCAAGACGACCAAGAAGGACUGGGCUGGCCAGCGUGUGACGGUGAAGCUGACCAUCCAGAACCGCCAGGCCAAGUGCUCGGUGGUGCCCACGGCCUCGGCCCUGGUGAUCAAGGCGCUCAAGGAGCCGGUCAGGGACCGCAAGAAGGACAAGAACAUCCAGCACAACGGCAACCUGAGCUUCGACGCUGUGGUGGACGCUGCGCGCGUGAUGAGGGAACGGUCGUGCGCGGCGGAGCUCAAGGGCACUAUCAAGGAGAUCCUCGGCACCUGCGUGUCGGUGGGCUGCACUGUGGACCGGGAGGACCCUCGCGCGAUCCAGAAGAAGAUCGACGAGGGCGAGAUCGAGUGCCCCGCCGCGUAA